AUGUUUGCUGAACUUUCAAGGGGCUUUUUCUUUUUUCUGUCCUACAUGCUGCUGAAACCCGUGUUUUCCAUGCAUAAUCAGAUAUGUGACAUAAAGAAGGAACUGGACAAGGAGAAGGGUUUGUGUGAGGCUCAAAUUGAGAACAGAACAUCAGGUUGCAGUGGUAUUUGGGACAAGAUCACCUGCUGGCCAAACGCUGAUGUUGGAGAAGUGGUCACCAUCCCUUGCCCCAAAUAUCUAUUCUACUUCUCAAGGGAGAUUCCAACACGUAACCUGUCGAAGACAUGCACUAAAGAUGGCUGGACUCCAAUUAGCACUGACUCCUACAUAAUUGAUUGUGGCUACAAUCCCAACAGCACGGUGGAUGACGAUGAUACGGGAGACUUCUAUGAUGCUGUCAAAGUAGGUUACACUAUUGGUCACAGUGUGUCCCUUGUUUCUCUCACCGUUGCCAUCAUCAUACUGUGCCUAUUCCGGAAGCUGCACUGCACAAGAAACUAUAUCCACAUGCAUCUCUUUGUGUCGUUCAUUCUGAAAGCCAUCGCUGUCUUCAUCAAGGACGUCGUUCUGUAUGAUGUUGGAGAGACGGACAGUUGCCAUUCAUCUGUGGGAUGUAAGGCAGUGGUGGUAUUUUUCCAAUAUGGAAUCAUGGCCAGUUACUUCUGGCUAUUGGUCGAAGGCCUGUAUCUCCAUGCUCUCCUCGCUGUCUCCUUCUUUUCGGAGAGGAAGUACUUCUGGUGGUACAUCCUGAUUGGAUGGGUGGCUCCAACCAUCUUUAUCUCUGCAUGGGUGAUUACAAAGGCUUAUUUAAAUGAUCCCGGAUGCUGGGAAAUAAUUUAUGACAAACCUUGGUGGAUCAUCAAAACGCCUAUUCUAGUGACUAUUCUUGUCAACUUUUUCCUUUUCAUCUGCAUAAUUCGGAUUUUACGACAGAAGAUGAAUUGUCCCGACAUUGGCAGAAAGGAAUCGAAUCAAUACUCGAGGCUCGCUAAAUCCACAUUACUCUUGAUACCUCUCUUUGGGAUAAACUACAUUAUCUUUGCAUUCAUGCCGGACCACGUCAACUCAAAUCUGAGGAUGGUUUUUGAUCUUAUCCUGGGGUCAUUUCAGGGAUUUGUAGUUGCUGUCUUGUACUGUUUCCUUAAUGGAGAGGUAAGCGAAGACAAAAAUAGCAGCCUAAAAUGUUUAGUCGCCUAUUAUAUCGCUAACUCUCCACUUUGUCAGCACCAUCUCUUCACUAUUUUCUCUACCUCCUCAUUUCCCCUCCAGGUACAAGCCGAGAUUAAGCGUAAAUGGCGCAGAUGGAUGUUACAGCGCUUCUUGGGUGCAGACACAAAGUACCAGCAGCCCUCUAUAGGCAGCAAUGGGAACAACUUCAGCACCCAGAUAACCAUGUUAACAAAAUGCAGCCCCACUGCCCGGCGAGCAUCUGCUUGUCAGGAGCAUUUCUCAGCAAUCUAA